UGGAUCCGCCCGCCGCGGCUCGGCUUUCUCGCCGCGAGUGGUCGGGGGCGGAAGCUCUUUCUCUUUGCCUGGCUUUCCGAGGGCAUGUUCCUGGCUGCUGUCCUCAAGUUCCUGAGGCCAAACCCGCUGCGGUCUUGCAGCCCUCUCUGUGGGAUCAGUAAAGUGUAUGGUGUUCAUUUUCCUGUGCUACAAUUACAUACAACUAAUUCUACCAUGCAGUUCAGUCAGGAAGACUUCAACAAGGCCAAAGAGCAGGUGAAGGUUUUGCAGGAUGAGCCUAGCGAUGAAGUAAAGUUGAAGCUUUAUGCAUUGUUUAAACAGGCUACUCUGGGACAAUGUAAUACUCCAAAACCAAGUAUGCUGGAUUUUGUCAACAAAGCCAAAUGGGAUGCAUGGCACUCACUUGGCAGCAUGACACAGGACAAUGCCAGACAGAGCUACAUUGAGCUUGUGUCUAGUCUGGUUUCUGCAGAAUCUUCUCCAGUUAAUGAAAUUCCCCCUGGUAGCAAAUCCAACUAUGAGACACUCCAGGUUACUACUAAAGACAACAUCACAAAGAUCACAUUAAACCGCCCAAAGAGGAAAAAUGCUAUCAAUGUCAAGAUGUACAAUGAAAUUAUGGAAGCACUUGAUGAAGCAGCAAAUGAUGAUUCUGCUCUAACAGUUCUGACAGGUAAUGGGGACUAUUACAGUAGUGGAAAUGACCUGAACAACUUUGCCAAUAUUUCAGCUGGUGGAAUGGAAGAGUCUGCAAAGAAUGGUGCAGUGCUGCUCAAAAACUUCGUUCAAUGUUUUAUUGAUUUUCCAAAGCCAUUAAUUGCUGUGGUAAAUGGGCCAGCUGUUGGGAUCUCUGUAACUGUUCUUGGGCUGUUUGACAUUGUAUAUGCUUCUGACCGUGCUACAUUUCAUACUCCUUUUAGCAACCUGGGUCAAACUCCAGAAGGAUGUUCUUCAUACACAUUUCCCAAAAUUAUGGGGUUAACUAAGGCCACUGAAAUGCUGCUUUUCAACAAGAAGCUGACUGCUGCAGAAGCCUGUUCACGGGGGCUUGUGACUGAGGUUUUUCCUGACAGUACAUUUCAAAAAGAAGUGUGGACAAGGCUGAAGGCUUAUGCAAAUCUUCCCAAAAAGCACCACAAAAGUUGGAGAGACAGAAAUCAUGCUCACUGUUACCAGCUAGUCAUCUUGAAGAUUAUUUUUAAAAUGAAUGUUUUUAAAUAUUUCUACACAGUCAGAAUCUAUGUCCUCAGAUGGUCAGUCAGUACAGAAAAGAAAAUAAGCUAAAUGUGGAAGCUGGGG